ACUGGCUGCAGUUACAUGUCUGACUCAGUAAUUCUUCGCAGCGUGAAGAAAUUUGGAGAGGAGAAUCACGGUUUUGAGUCAGAUGGGUCAUAUAACAAUGAUAAGAAUUCACGGUUACAAAAUGAGAAGAAAGGUGACAGCAGUCAAGUUGGCUUCUUUCAAUUGUUCCGAUUUGCUUCAGCGACUGACAUUUGGCUGAUGUCUGUGGGAAGUAUAUGUGCAUUUCUCCAUGGACUAGCCCAUCCAGGAGUGCUACUCAUUUUUGGCACCAUGACAGAUGUUUUUAUUGAGUAUGAAAAUGAAUUACAAGAACUCCAGAUCCCUGGAAAAGCAUGUGUAAAUAACACCAUAGUGUGGACCAACAGCUCCCUCAACCAGAAUGUGACAAAUGGAACGCGUUGCGGGUUGCUGGACAUUGAAAGUGAAAUGAUCAAAUUUUCUGGUUACUAUGCUGGAACUGCUGUCGCAGUACUUAUCACAGGAUAUAUUCAAAUAUGCUUUUGGGUAAUUGCUUCAGCUCGUCAGAUACAGAAAAUGAGAAAAUUUUACUUUAGGAAAACAAUGAGAAUGGAAAUAGGAUGGUUCGACUGCAACUCAGUUGGAGAGCUGAAUACAAGAUUUUCUGAUGAUAUUAAUAAAAUCAAUGAUGCCAUUGCUGACCAAAUGGCCAUUUUCAUUCAGCGCAUGACCACGAGCAUCUGUGGGUUCCUGCUGGGCUUUUUCCAGGGCUGGAAGCUGACCUUGGUUAUCAUCUCUGUCAGCCCUCUCAUUGGGAUUGGAGCAGCCAUCAUCGGUCUGAGCGUGUCCAAGUUUACUGACCAUGAGUUGAAGGCCUAUGCCAAAGCAGGGUCAGUGGCGGACGAAGUCAUUUCAUCCAUUCGAACAGUGGCUGCUUUUGGUGGUGAGAAAAGAGAGGUUGAAAGGUAUGAGAAAAAUCUUGUGUUUGCUCAGCGUUGGGGAAUUAGAAAAGGGAUAGUGAUGGGAUUCUUUACUGGAUUCAUGUGGUGUCUCAUCUUCCUGUGUUAUGCACUGGCCUUCUGGUAUGGCUCCAAACUUGUCCUGGAUGAUGGAGAAUAUACAGCAGGAACCCUUGUCCAGAUUUUCCUCAGUGUCAUAGUGGGAGCUUUAAAUCUUGGAAAUGCAUCUUCUUGUUUGGAAGCCUUUGCAACUGGUCGUGCAGCAGCCACCAGCAUUUUUGAGACAAUAGACCAGAAACCUGUUAUUGACUGCAUGUCAGAAGAUGGUUACAAGUUGGAUCGAAUCAAAGGUGAAAUUGAAUUCCGUAAUGUGACCUUCCGCUAUCCUUCCAGGCCGGAGGUGAAGAUUUUAAAUAACCUCAGCAUGGUCAUCAAGUCUGGGGAGGUGACAGCUAUGGUAGGACCCAGUGGGUCUGGGAAGAGCACCGCCCUGCAGCUCAUUCAGCGAUUCUACGACCCCAGUGAAGGCAUGGUGACUUUGGAUGGCCAUGACAUCCGCUCCCUUAACAUUCAGUGGCUCAGAGCUCAGAUUGGAAUUGUGGAGCAGGAGCCUGUGCUCUUCUCCACCACCAUCGCCGAGAACAUCCGCUAUGGCAGAGAAGACGCCAAGAUGGAAGACAUAGUCCGGGCUGCCAAGGAAGCUAAUGCCUACAACUUCAUCAUGGGGCUGCCGCAGAAAUUUGACACUCUCGUUGGAGAAGGAGGAGGCCAGAUGAGUGGUGGCCAGAAACAAAGAAUAGCCAUUGCCAGAGCCCUUGUCCGAAAUCCCAAGAUCCUGCUUUUUGACAUGGCUACUUCAGCACUGGACAAUGAGAGUGAAGCCAUGGUGCAAGAGGCAUUGAGCAAGAUGCAGCAAGGGCGUACAAUCAUUUCAGUCGCUCAUCGCCUAUCCACAGUUCGAGCUGCAGAUGUCAUUAUCGGUUUUGAACAUGGCGCAGCAGUGGAAAGAGGCACACAUGAAGAACUGUUGGACAGGAAAGGAGUUUACUUCACUCUAGUGACUUUGCAAAGUCAAGGAGAUCAAACCCUUAAUGAAGAGGGCAUAAAGGGAAAAGAUAACACCGAAGGUGCUUUACUUGAGAGCAGACAGAGCUUUAGUGGAGGGAGCUACAGGGAUAGUUUAAGAGCUUCCAUCCGGCAACGCUCCAAAUCUCAGCUUUCUUACUUGGCACACCAGCCUCCAUUAGCUGUUGUAGAUCAUAAAUCUCCUUAUGAAGAAGACAGAAAGGUCAAGGACCUUCCCGUGGAAGAAGAAAUUGAACCUGCCCCAGUGAGGAGGAUUCUGAAACUCAAUGCUCCGGAAUGGCCCUACAUGCUGGUAGGGUCUGUGGGUGCGGCUGCCAAUGGGGCAGUCACACCCCUUUACGCCUUUUUGUUCAGCCAGAUUCUUGGGACUUUUUCACUUCCUGAUAAAGAAGAGCAAAGGUCGGAGAUCUACGGUGUGUGCCUGCUUUUUGUGGCAAUGGGCUGUGUAUCCCUUUGCACUCAAUUUCUCCAGGGAUACGCUUUUGCUAAAUCUGGAGAACUCCUCACAAAAAGGCUACGUAAAUUUGGUUUCAGAGCAAUCUUAGGGCAAAACAUUGGCUGGUUUGAUGACCUCAGAAAUAGCCCUGGAGCACUGACAACAAGGCUUGCUACAGAUGCUUCCCAAGUUCAAGGGGCUACCGGCUCUCAAAUCGGGAUGAUGGUCAAUUCCUUCACUAACAUCACGGUGGCCAUGAUUAUCGCCUUCCUCUUUAGCUGGAAGCUAAGCCUGGUCAUAUUGUGUUUCCUCCCUUUCUUGGCUUUAUCGGGAGCUGUACAGACCAGAAUGUUGACAGGAUUUGCCUCUCAAGACAAGCAGGCUCUGGAGAUUGCGGGGCAGAUCACAAGUGAAGCCCUCAGUAAUAUCCGCACUAUUGCUGGCAUUGGGAAGGAGAGGCACUUUAUUGAAGCAUUUGAGAGAGAGCUGGUGAAGCCAUUUAAGACGGCCAUUCGAAAAGCAAAUGUUUAUGGAUUCUGCUUUGGUUUUUCCCAGUGUAUUGUGUUUGUUGCUAAUUCUGCUUCCUACAGAUAUGGAGGUUACUUAAUCUACAAUGAAGGGCUCCAUUUCAGCUAUGUGUUCAGGGUGAUCUCUUCAGUUGUACUGAGUGCAACAGCUCUUGGAAGAGCCUACUCUUACACUCCGAGUUACGCCAAAGCUAAAAUAUCAGCUGCACGGUUUUUUCAGCUGCUGGACCGACGACCUCCUAUCAGUGUAUACAGUGCUGCAGGUGAAAAAUGGGACAAUUUCCAGGGGCAGGUUGACUUUGUCGACUGUAAAUUUACAUAUCCUUCUCGACCUAACGUACAAGUUCUGAAUGGUCUCUCAGUGUCGGUUAGUCCAGGGCAAACACUGGCAUUUGUUGGAAGCAGUGGAUGUGGCAAAAGCACCAGCAUUCAGCUGUUGGAACGUUUCUAUGAUCCUGACCAAGGGAAGGUGAUGAUAGAUGGGCAUGACAGCAAAAAGGUCAACGUCCAGUUCCUCCGCUCGAACAUUGGAAUUGUUUCCCAGGAACCGGUGCUGUUUGCCUGCAGCAUAAUGGACAAUAUCAAGUAUGGAGACAACACCAAAGAAAUUCCCAUGGAAAAAGUCAUAGAAGCCGCAAAGCAGGCUCAGCUGCAUGACUUUGUCAUGUCUCUCCCAGAGAAAUAUGAAACUAAUGUUGGGUCCCAGGGGUCUCAACUCUCUCGCGGAGAGAAACAACGCAUUGCUAUUGCUCGGGCCAUCGUGCGGGAUCCUAAAAUCCUCCUGCUCGAUGAAGCUACUUCUGCCUUAGACACAGAAAGUGAGAAGACGGUGCAGGUUGCCCUGGACAAAGCCAGAGAAGGCCGGACCUGCAUUGUCAUUGCCCACCGUUUGUCCACCAUCCAGAACUCAAAUAUCAUUGCUGUUGUGUCACAGGGGACAGUGAUUGAAAAGGGGACCCAUAAAGAACUGAUGGCCCAGAAAGGAGCCUACUACAAGCUAGUCACCACAGGAGCCCCCAUCAGUUGAUUUGACUCAAGAACUUCAUGCACAGAUGAUGCACCAAUUACAGUGCCAUGGGUCAUUUUUUUCCUUUCAGAAGAAAUGAUGAUUAUUUUACUUUUACACACAUUGCCAUACAUUGGGAUCCAACCUAAUUUCUAAUGACCUUCAGCAAUAAUUUAGUUUUAAGUGUCUGUAUGUAGAAAAUGAAAGAAACUAGGUCUAGGGUGUGUGAAAAGCCAAUGUCUUGCAGCUUCCCAGGCAUCACCCAAUGCUUUCCCUGUACAAGAGCCAGUCCCCAUCACCACAUGGGAAUUAGUGAGAGGUCUUGGAGUAAUGAGACUUUGAGCUCCUCAAGGGCAAAUGAGCUUUUUUUUUUUCCAUUUUUGAGUCUAUAAUUUUUCAGUCCUAAGAUGAUAAAAGUGGCAAAUGUUCAUCUUGUCUGUUAGGAUAGAGUAGCGCCUUCCAAUCAAAAGACAGUAUGAGCCACUAAUGAGAGCUACAUAUGUAAUUUAAAAUUUUCUGCUUACAUUAAAGAAAGGAAAACAAAAAGAUGACAUUCAUGUUAAUAAUAUAUUUUAUUUAAUUACUUCUUGACCUUUUGGCUAAAAUCAUGUGUAGUAUCUGUUCUUAUCAGUUUAAUAAUAUAUUUUAUUUCAGUGUAUUCAAAUUAUUCUAUCACAUGUAAUUAGUAUAGAAAUUAUUAAUCUUAUAUCAUAUUAAAUAUUCAAACACAAAAGUAUAUUUAUACUUACUGCAUAUCUUAGUUCAGACUAGCCACAUGUCAAGUUCCCAGUUGAAAUAUGUGACUAGAAGCUACUCUAUCAGACAGACAGAGUUAGAGGAUCUAGGCUCUGAGUCUCAGUUGUUCCUUUAUGAUUUGAGUCUUACAAAAACAUGACUCUAGCUUCUCCUUUGAAGCAUGUCCUUAUACUGUACUAAGACACUUUGGAAAACUUGUUUAGACAAAGAUUAUGGUGCCCAUUUGGAUUAAAAAGAGAGGUGGUUAGAAUUAAACAUAAUGAUUUCAGAAAUUACAAAUAGAGUAUUAAUUCUUCUUAGAGGGAUUGAAAGUCUUUAUAUCAUUUUAUUUGAUUCACCUGUUUGAGUUGAGUUGGCAAAGGCAGAAAACUAGGAUUGCUUAGCUUUUGUGUAACACAAUGUAACUUUAAAAACCGCCAUAUUAUCAUAUUCCCCUGAAGUCUUCUUUCCAAAAUAAGUUUAGUUCCAAUUAAUUUAUUAGAAUUCUUUAUGAUGUUUUUCUUAUAAAGAAUUCUUAUGAAUAGUUGGAACAGCAGACCUUCCAACUUAUUUUAGGAAGAGACCCUCAGUUAUCUGGUGCUUGUCAAAAUUACAUGGAGGCAGAUGUCCAUAAAUGUUACUAUUUGAGAAAAUGUUACUAUUUGAGAAAAAAGUAAGAGUUAGCCUUUACAGUGUUUCAUCUAGAAACUUUUUUUUUUAGUAUCAUUACUGUAUGUCUAUUCAACAUGUGCUUUUAGGAAAUUAUUUCAAUGAAAAGACACUGUGAACUUAAUGGUACAUUCAUAUAUGCAAUUUUUUGGCAAUUAAGCAUUCACUAAAAAAGUAUAGAUCCUGAAAUAUGUUGAUACCAUGUUCUGAAAGAGAAAAAUAUAUAGGAUCAUAAUUAAGUAUGGUUUGUCACAUGUUUAUUCAUGAAUUAAAUGUAAGUUUCCUAUCCUAACAAAAUAUCAGAACAUUCUCAUCAGGUUGGUUUAAGAUCACAUCUCACAUUUCCAAUGAAGGGUUGGAUUUAUUAAUAUCUCAUGCAUUCAGACUCUCUCUGUGAGCAGGUCACAGAAGGAUGUUAGUGGAGAUUAAAAAUUGGCAAAUUUUAUUGCUGUUUUCAAACACAUUUUUAGAUACAUUUACGUGUGUAUCUGUGCCAUUAUAAAAUAAUUAUGUCUAUUUGCAUUUGCUUUAAACUUUCAGAUCAAGUGAAUAAUCUCACCUACCCAUAAGAGAUGGGAGAAGAAAGUAACUUAACUUAGAAACCCAAUUCCGAUUUCUUUCACACUGUGUUCAAUUAAAUGCCCAAUUAAUCUAAAUGAGUGGACUGUAAAUAAAGCAGUGCACAUGAUUAUUAUCUAAUUGGCACUGGCCAACAUUAUAAUGUGGUCAUUAGUGAGUUGUAUGGUAUCCUAAGGCUCAUAAUGAGUAAUUAGGGUACACAUGAUUGGCAUAUAGCUGUCUGGAUACAACCACUCGAUGAGAUAAAUCAGCACUUGGACAAAAUGUGUAGUAGAUUAAGGAAGAAGAAUACAUAGCCAGCUGGUGAAUUGGCAAUUCCCUCCUGUUUGUGAUUCAGGUACAGCUUCUACUCUGAGAUACAAAUAGAUAAAUGUGAGAACAAAAUAGCUGGAGAUAAAAAGGGAAAUGUUCACCCAAGGUGACUCAGAUCAGUGCCUACAAGUAUUAAGAAUGAUUACUGAAAAGAGAGAAAACAAUGCUAUCAUGUUGGUUGAGAAUAUAUAUUUUUGAUAUAUUAAGUAGAGAAUCAAAGUUGGAGAUAAGCAAUGUUUUCAUAAAAUUCCUUCAAAGUUGAAAAUUUAAUUAUGUAAGUAUACCUCAAGAUAACAUUUACGAAGUAUUUAAUAAUUUAGUAAGCAUUUUGCCUUUAUAUUCUUUGUAUGGUACUGUGAAACCAUUCUAGUAGGCUGCAAGGAAGGAAUACCGCUGUAAGUUGCAUUCAUUGUUAUGUAUAUAUUAAUAUAUAAGUCACUAUGGCAGGCAUUAUAGAUUAGCUCAUUUGACACUUAAUUCUACACCCCUUUCCCUUGCCUCUACAGAGGCUAGAAAGUAAAGUAGCUCCCUUCCCAGACUCCCUUGCAGCUAGGGGAGGCCAUGUGACACUGUUUUGGUCUAUGAAAUAUAAGCACCAGUAUCUAUGGAGGCUGUCCCUUCU